GCGUGAAUCCGACGUUUCAAAACAAAAAAGAGAAGAAGACAGCGAAAGGUUUUCCGCCUUUGAAGUGUGUUCUGUCCAGUGUUUUACCCUCGCUCUUUCAUCUAGAAAAGAAAAAAAAAAGUAAAACUCUCUUGCCCAGUUCUCCAAAACCCCGGAGGCGGCACUGCUGUUCUUGUCGUCAAGCUCCACUCUCAAAACAUGGUGGAGAAGAACGCGGGAGCUCUGUCUUUUAACGUGGGCACAAAUGGAGUCUUGCGUAAACGUAAGUCGCGUUCUGAAUCUGAUGGUGAUCUAUCUGAUAUCGAUGACGCUGAGAUUACCGGAUAUCUUAACAACAACACAGAGAUGCUUUUCAAGAAGAUGGUUUGGGAAGCUAUGAAUAAAGAUUAUCGAAAGCAAAAACAAAAAAAGCCUACUACGGGAAAGAAAUCUACUUCUGCUAAGAAAGCUGUUGCUAGCAGGAUGGAAAAAAGAAAGGAAGAGGGAAAGGAGAACAAAAAGAGGCUGAGUUCAAAAAUCAACUAUGAUGCAUUGGAGAAGCUAAGUGAUGAACCUGAAGAAGUUGCUGAAAAGACUAAGAAGAAUAGUAUAGACUCGCACUGGAGCAAUCAAAUUGACACACAGCAGUCCAGAGGAACAUCAGGAACAUCGGGUUUGGAAAUAUGUGGUUUUGAGGAAGACAUUUUCAGUGAUGAGGUUGAGCCUGAAAAUUCUAAUCUAUACUCCUAUGGAGAUGGGGAAGAGGAUGGAUAUGGCUAUAGGGAAGAUUAUGACUAUGAAGAAUUUUGAUGGUAAAGUUCUUUUGUCGAUAUUCUAUUGUUGUUAAGUUUCUAGGCAUGCUUUUAGGUCACAAUUAUGUGAUGAAAUUUUGCAUAGUUAGCUGCUAUUGCUGCAACAGUUUUGCAACUUGUGAAAAUACAUGAUGCAACUUAUUGCUCCAAAUAAUGGAGUUAUUUUGUAAGACAACUUUUUAUUAAACAUCGGUAUGAUAUUCAUAUUUGUGUCUUAUAAUCCACAUUUAUAACUCAAAAGAUAUGUUUGUUAA